AUGGAAGAGCCAGAAGCGACAACGGCUCGUUUUGUUCCCUGUUCGGUUUGCAGCAGCAGCUCGGGCAGCAGCUGCAUUUGCUGCUCUGCAGCAGAACCCCACCGGCAGCCGCUGCUGCUGUCUGCUGCAGCAGCAGAAGCAACAGCAGCGCUGCUUCAGCAGCAGCCCGCGUGGCGCCGUGUUGCGCUGCUGCUGCCGCAGGAUCGCCUGGGCGAGGCCCCAGCCUUUCUGGCAACCUUCAAGGAGAAAUGGCAGCAGCAACAGCAGCAGCAGCAGGAGCCUCCGCUGCUGUACUUUGUGUCUGACCGCCCUGCGGGCUUUUGCUGCAGCGAUCUCAGCAGCGCUGCUGUGCUGUCUCCAGACUUGCUGGUGUCUGCUGCUGCUUCCUGCUGCUGCUGCCACCCUGCUGCUGCAGCGCCGCGGCCAACGCUGUACCUCUCUCCGCGGAGCCCUGUUGCUGUUUCUUGCUGCGCUGCAGCAAUAGCAGCAAAGCACUCUGCUGCUGCAGCAGCAGCUGCUGCUGCUGCUGUGGGUUCCCCAACCUCAGCAGCAGCAGAAGCAGCAGCGGCUCUCGUGCUACUUCCGGACUCUUCAGUGCAGCAUGGCCUGGGCUGUUUGCUGCGGCAUCUGCUGCAGCAAUUUGCUGCUGCAGCAGACACGCAGCCUACUUCCAGCGGCAGCACAACGCCUGCGCUGUCCCCCUCUCCUGCAGGCAGCGGGGCGCUUCCUGCUGCUACUGCUGUUGACGCUGCUGCUGCUGCUGCUGGUGCAGCAGCAGCAGCAGCAGCAGCGCAGCACAGGUGCACUUGCAGGUGGGAACGCACGGGAAUCUUUGUUGCUCUUGCCCCCUGCAUGCUGCUGCCUGCAGGUGACCUUGCUGCAGCAGAAGCCACGGCGGGGCGGCUUGCAGCAUCAGCAGCAGCAGCAGCAGCAGCUGCUGCUGCUGCUACAGCAGCAACUGAAGCAGCAGUCGACUUGCACAGCUUCGGCCGCUGCGGCGCGGCCUGCGCAGAGCACAUGACGGGCUGCCUUUUGGUGCAGCAGCAAGAACAGCAGCAGCAGCAGCAGCAGCAGCAGUUUCUGCCUACAGAUGCAGCAGUGCAGCAAUAUGCGGAGCUCUUUAAGCUGCCAGGAAUGAGGGCCUCGCAGCUGUGCUUCCUGAGGCCUUGUCCUUUCCGGGGAGCUGCCCCUGCAGCAGCAGCAGCAGCAGCAGCAGCAGCAGCAAGUGGAGGAUCUCGGCAGCUAGAAACCAUGAAGGCGCAGCAGUUUGUGCGCGUCUGCGGCAGAGUUUUAUUUGAAGCAAAACGACGGGCAGAAGACGGGGCCAUAGGCCUCUCCCCAGUGCCGCAGCAGCAGCAGCAGCAGCAGCAGCAGCAGCAGCUGGAGCUGCAGCAGCUCCUGUUGCAGCAGCAGCAGAGGAAUCAAAGGAGGCACAGGAAGCAACAUGCAGUCAAGCUGCAGGACCCAACGACUUUGCCGCAGCUCUUAAAUGCUGCUUCUGUCACUGUGGGGAGAGAAGUCGAGCGAAGAAGCAGUGCAGCAGCAGCAGCAGCAGCAGCACGAAGAGCAGCAAGGGCGGCGUUGUAA